AUGCAGACGAUCAAGUGCGUAGUGGUGGGAGAUGGUGCGGUCGGCAAGACCUGCCUGCUGAUCUCGUACACGACGAACAAGUUCCCCAGCGAGUACGUGCCCACUGUAUUCGACAAUUAUGCAGUCACCGUCAUGAUCGGCGAUGACCCGUAUACGCUGGGCUUGUUUGACACGGCUGGCCAAGAGGAUUACGACCGUCUUCGACCAUUAUCAUACCCCCAGACGGACGUGUUCCUCGUGUGCUUCAGUGUGACGUCGCCACCGUCGUUCGAGAACGUGAAGGAGAAAUGGUUCCCCGAGGUGCACCACCACUGUCCCGGCGUGCCCUGCCUCAUCGUCGGCACGCAGGUCGAUCUGCGGGAUGACCCCCAGGUGCUGGAGAAGCUGGCGAGGCAGAAGCAGCGCCCCAUCACCCCGGACCAGGGCGAGCGACUUGCAAGGGAACUGGGCGCCGUCAAGUAUGUAGAGUGCUCGGCAUUGACGCAGAAGGGAUUGAAGAACGUGUUCGACGAGGCAAUCGUCGCCGCGCUUGAACCACCCGUGGUCAAGAAGAAACGGCAUUGCAUCAUCGUCUAA